GGAGCGGCUCCGUCACAACACUUUUAUGUCAAUGUAUUUCAUACAGUGAGUCCAUAUUGUACAUUUGUACACAGACUUUGUCUUCAGUGAGGUUUUUCACCUCUGGUAGCGCUACCUAGUGGACAGGUAGCAGAACUACUUUGUGUCAUGUGUGACUGUGUCCAUGUUGUGUCCAAGUAAAGUUUGACAUUGUGUCCAUGUUUGUUCUUGGAUAACAUCACCAAAGUUCAAUGAGACACCUGUCAGUGAAGGGGGAGGAGUCUGGACAGGUAUCAAAGGCUGAACUGGGUCUAGUGUCACACUGAUUUAUUUAGACUUUGACUCUGAAGGUAUGAGGACGUGACUUUGUGUCCUCAGAUCAGACACAGAAAGACGGCAGGACAGACGAGAGACAACCGGCAGUGUCUGGUGUCCACGUGAAGGUGGACAGUGUGUGUGUGAGUGGACCUGAGCUCAGUUCAGCAGGUGAGACUCUUACCUGACAAAUGUGACACUGUCUGGACUGUGAUUGGCUGCUGCUCAUAUAGAUCCAUGUUAUUCAGGUCAUUUCUAUGAGUGACAGUGUGUUUGUGUGUCCUCAGUAAAAUCACUGCUGAAUCUUUAUCAUCUGACUUUUUGUUUUCAACAUUCCUGCAUGAAGAGUCUGAACUGGUCUGACAGCUUCCAUCAACAGAUCAACAAAAGUUGAUCAGCAGAGGACAGAUGUUCUCAGUGGGCAGUCUGUCCAGCAGCAUGGAGCAGACCUGGACUCCAUAUUUAAGCUGCUGGAGGAGAACAUCAUCUGCUUUGUGAAGAACGAGCUGAUGAAGAUCCAGAAGUUUCAGGAUACAGAUCACAGAGAAGUCUUAGAGAGUCAGAGGGAGGAUGAGGAGCAGAGGAGCAGCAGAGAGGCCUUUCUGAAGAUCACAGAGGUCUUCUUGAGGAGGAUGAAGCAGGAGAAGCUAGCUGACUGUCUACAGAGCAAAACCAAAGCUUCAGCUUGUCGACGUAAACUCAAAUCAAACCUGAAGAAGAAGUUCCAGUGUUUGUUUGAGGGUGUGGCUAAAGCAGGAAACCCCACCCUUCUGAAUGAGAUCUUUACAGAGCUCUACAUCACAGUGGGAGGGACUGGAGAGGUCAAUGAAGAACAGAGGUCAGACAGAUUGAAAGAGCUUCCUGGAAACCAGACAGACCAGAAACAACCAUCAGACAAGAAGACAUCUUGAAAGCCUCAGCUGGAAGAGAUGGACCAAUCAGAAGAGUGAUGACAAAGGGCGUGGCUGGCAUUGGGAAAACUGUGUUAACACAGAAGUUCACUCUGGACUGGGCUGAAGACAAAAGCAACCAGGACGUACAGUUCAUCUUUCCCUUCACCUUCAGAGAGCUGAAUGUGAUGAAAGAAAAGAAGUUCAGUUUGGUGGAACUCAUCCAUCACUUCUUCACUGAAACCAAAGAAGCAGGAAUCUGCAGGUUUGAAGACUUUAGGGUGGUCUUCAUCUUUGAUGGUCUGGACGAGUGUCGACUUCCUCUGGACUUCCACAACACUGAGAUCCUGACUGACGUCACAGCGUCCACCUCGGUGGACGUGCUGCUGACAAACCUCAUCAGGGGGAAACUGCUUCCCUCUGCUCGCCUCUGGAUAACCACACGACCUGCAGCAGCCAAUCAGAUCCCUCCUGACUGUGUGGACAUGGUGACAGAGGUCAGGGGGUUCAUGGACCCACAGAAGGAGGACUACUUCAGGAAGAGGUUCAGAGAUGAGGAGCAGACCAGCAGGAUCAUCUCCCACAUCCAGACAUCACGAAGCCUCCACAUCAUGUGCCACAUCCCAGUCUUCUGCUGGAUCACUGCAACAGUUCUGGAGAACAUGUUGAAAACCAGAGAUGGAAGUAAACUGCCCAAGACCCUGACUGAGAUGUACAUCCACUUCCUGGUGGUUCAGUCCAAAGUGAAGAAGGUCAAAUAUGAUGGAGGAGCUGAGACAGAUCCACACUGGAGUCCAGAGAACAUGAAGAUGAUUGAUUCUCUGGGGAUACUGGCUUGUGAGCAGCUGCAGAAAGGAAACCUGAUCUUCUAUGAAUCAGACCUGACAGAGUGUGGCAUCGAUAUCACAGCAGCUUCAGUUUACUCAGGAGUCUUCACUCAGAUCUUUAAAGAGGAGCGAGGCCUGUACCAGGACAAGGUCUUCUGCUUUGUCCAUCUGAGUGUUCAGGAGUUUCUGGCUGCUCUUCAUGUUCAUCUGACCUUCAUCACCUCUGGAACAAAUCUGUUGUCAGAAGAACCAACAACGAGCCUGUGGUCCAGAGUGUUUAGAAACAAACUGAAUCAUCUGCACCUGAGUGGUGUUGACAAGGCCUUACUGAGUCCAAAUGGACACCUGGACUUGUUCCUCCGCUUCCUCCUGGGUCUUUCACUGUAGACCAAUCAGAAGCUCUUAAGAGGACUACUGACACAAACAGGAAGUGGUUCACAGACCAAUCAGAAAACAGUUGAGUACA